AUGUGGUGCUCAUCCCUUCUUGCAGUAACGGCAUUGCUUAACCACGUUUAUGCAUCUCAGUCUGCGGAGCCCACGGGCGAAUGGCCUACCCAGAUAUACCGUUCGACCUCUGUCUUUGGGACUUCUGUAUAUUUUGCCCGUGGUACUGAACACUGCCAUGACGGCCUAUACACAUUGCUAGCGCCUCGUGGAGAGGGCGUCCCAGCACGCGGUCCAACAAUCCUCGACCAGAAUGGAAAUCUAGUGUGGGCCAGUGAGUAUGUUUACGACACAGUGUAUAAUUUAGAUGUCCAGAAAUACAAGGGCGACGACUACCUUACUUUCUGGACGGGAUAUGAUAAGGUCGAUGGACAUGGCGAUGGCACAGUACGCAUGCUCGAUUCGCAAUACAAUGAACGCUAUACCAUCAAUGGUCCAAAGGGCCAAUCUAUCGACAUGCAUGAAUUCAAAAUUACCCAUGAUGACACAGCGCUUUUUAUUGUCUAUGAUACUGUCUCAGUUGAUCUGCAAUCGGUUAAUGGACCCUAUAAGGGCUGGAUCUGGGACAGUCGGUUUGUAGAAGUUGACAUUGAGACAAACGAUGUGUUGUUUGAGUGGCGCGCAUCGGAGCAUUUCAGUUUUACCGACGUCAAUACAAAAAUCACAAACAGCACAGGCUGGACGUUCGCCCAUGCCUGGGACUUCUUCCACCUUCACAGCGUUGAGAAAGACACUAGGGGCAAUUACCUCAUUUCAGCCCUUCACACUGACCAUCUCACAUACCUUGAUGGUCGCUCGGGCGAUAUAAUCUGGCGGCUCGGCGGGAACCAUACCGAUUUUCAAGAUAUCUCUUCGGGAAAGAGAGCCUCGAACUUCGCAUCGCCAAACGACGCCCGUUUCCACGAUGACGGGAAUACAAUCACGCUAUUCGACAACACGACCCCAGGCGACAAAAUCAACCGAGGCGUUAUCCUCAAUGUAGACCAGAUAAAAAUGACGGUCGAUGUCCGCUCCGAGUUCCGCGCUUACACACAUGAUGGAGUCACUCCUGAAUCACACCCUCAAUCAGAUGGCUCCGUCCAGCUCUUACCAAAUGGAAAUGUCCUUGUUUCCUACGGCCUCAACGCCCCGGCCUGGACCGAAUACAGUGAUCUAGGAAUUCCCAAGUGCCAGACCCAAUUCGGUUCUUUAUCUAGUUAUGGGACGGGCAACCCGGCGUCUUAUCGAGUCAAGAAGCGCCCCUGGACAGGGCUUCCGGAUAGCACCCCGGAUUUUGAACUUGAUGGCUACGAAGCGGCUAUUAGCUGGAAUGGGGCCACCGAGGUCCAUCAGUGGGUUGUUGAGGGUGCAGAGGUUCCAUUGCCUAGGUCCAACUCGCGUUCCGAUGAAAGUGACCCGCAAGCGGUGUCUGACACCUAUUUCUCGGCCAUCACCAAGGUCGAGAAAAACGGAUUUGAAACUAUCAUCACCAUCCCAUUCGAUGCUGUCCAACCUUACGUUCGUGUCCGCGCACUCGACAAGAAAGGUUUAAUCAUUGGCACAUCCGCUAUCCUCCCAUUCCACCCGACUCCCACCGAUGAAAACCCGCCUCCCGAGGUGCCUCCGAGUGAAUCAAAAGCGGGCUUUUCACUCGGGCACUUCUUCGCGGGAGCUGGCGCUACAAUCGGAGUCCUCCUCUGCCUCUCCCUCUUCCGCCGCUAUUGCGGUGCAGCUUGCCUCCGGAGUUGUCGACGGAUUCGGCUCAGACGCUACGGAUACCUGCUCGCUGGCAGACGGGGAUCUGAAAGCAACUGGGAGGAGUAUGUUGCAAACGAAGAACAGGAGGUCGGCUUACAUCUUGUUAGCGAUACAGAAAGUGAUGAUAGUGAUGAAGUGGAGGUUUCCGAGCUAGAUAACCCGCGGUUGUCCCCUGCCAUCAAUCGGACGCCGAGUUGGCAGAGUACGAUGGAUAGUCUCGACAGCGGCAGGCCGAUGUGGGAUAGGACUCCGAGUGCGCUCAGUUCUGAGGGGUCAAGGGAAAAGCAGUCGUGA